UCGUUUCUCAUAUCUUUCCUCUUCUUCUCUCUCUGCUCCUUUCUCCCCCACCCUUUUCGUUCCCAAAAGCUCCCUGGAAAACCCUUGCAUCUGCUCCAUCUCUUCCUCCAUCUCUUCUCUUCCGAAGCAUUUUCCACCAGAAAACGAUGAGCCGAUUCCGAAGAAUCGACAUUCUUGAACCUUCGCCGUCUCUCCUCGUCAGGGAGACCUCCUUCUUCAUCCCCCCAACCCUAACCUUCCCCUCAUUUGUCGACGACUUCACCCUCCCUCUCGACCUCUUCACCCCCAACCCUUACCAAUUGGACCUCUCUCCCCAUUGCUUCCUCCCAACUGCUCCAUCUUCCUACGAGAUCUUUGACUCCGUCACCGAUCUCAUCCAGAUUGAGAAAACCCCCUUUUCCUCCUCUUGCAAGAGGUUCCAGACUCGAACUGGUCCCGACUCCUACCUGCGGACUCUAUGCGACCGGGUUUCCGCUCUCGAGCUUGGUUUCGACCGAUUCGCGAACCAAAAGACCGGCAAUCCUCCGGACCGCAAGUACUCCUGGACGGCCGAAGUUAAGGGUGCUGAGAAAGACGGCGUCGAUCGCAAGUACAAAUGGACGGCGGAACUCAAAGGAGCGAAAAAAGGCGCUAAGAUAGGAGCCCUUGAGAAGAACUACAAGUGGACGGCCGAGUUCAAAGGCAAAGGUAAAGAUGCUCCGGUCACCCACUCCUAUACCUUUAAGGCUUCCACGGCUCCCGCCGGUGACUUUAGUGACUCGGAUUCCGACUCGGAGAAGAAGAAGAAGAAGAUAAAGAUAAAGAAGGGAUCCAAAGCCGGGUCAUCCAAACGUGUGGUGGAGAUCGAAGAACCGGUUGAUCAAAGGGUUAUCGUUCGUAGGCAGGCUUUCGCUAAGAGGGUUGGGGCCAAUGCCAAGGGGAAGAAGAAGGAGCUGUCGCCUCAAGAUGCGGCUCUUAUGAUCCAGGUGAGCUUCAGAGCUUAUCUGAUUCGUCGAUCGAAAGCUCUUCGUGCUCUUCGAGAGUUGGCUGUGGCCAAGAGCAAGUUGAAGGAGAUCAGGGCGGCGUUCAACAACUUUUCUUACAGAAGCCGUAUUGCCCGCGAUGCGGAGGAGCGCCAGAGGUUCUCUGAGAAGAUCAUCGUCCUCCUUCUCACUGUCGAUGCAAUAGAGGGAGCUGAUCUAAUGGUUCGGGCAGCGAGGAGGUCAAUGCUGGAUGAAUUGGAAGCGAUGCUGGAUGUGGUGGAUCCCCAGGCUCCAGGAAAGCUAGGUUCGAUGAAGAGGAGGAAGUUCGAUCUGCCAGAUGGUUGCAUCCAGAAGGAAAUUGCAGCUGGUGUGGCUAAGGUUGUCCAAAUGCUUGAUGAAGAAGACAACGAUAGCGUUGCCCCUGAGGACGGCUUGUGAGUUGUGAGAGUUUCUGUACUUCUCAUGUUUUGUUUCGUUAAUUGGAUAAGCAUAGGCCUCUUUUCGGCUUUUGUUUAGCCACAGAGGAGACCUUUCACCACCACUGGCACUGGAUCUCUACAUAGAAUAGAUUUUUAGUGUUUAUUUCAACUGUAGUGGAUUUGUAUGGAGUUCCUGGUUCUAUGGAUUUGCUGCAGACCUUUUCAAGAGCUGAAUAGAGCCGUGUUUGGAUGUUC